AUAUAUAUGGCCGCCGAGAGGAAUUUUGUGCUGCCAUUGUUGUAUUGUACCGACCGGGGCCGGUGGGGCCGAGACCGGCUCGAAGACCGUCUUCUCGCCCAAAAGACGGUUGCGACCGAAUCGGCACGGGAGCGUGUGAAAAGCGAUAAGGCGAAGCUCGGCCCCGCGGACAUUUGUCGGGCCAGUGAGUGUUGGUGGCGAGCGGGCGGAAAGGUGGGGGGGAGAAAAACCACCACGACUCCAACAUGUCAGCGACGUUCUCGUUUUAAAGAACCCUGUCAAGAACAGGACCAAAUAUAGCUUACAUAUUUUUUUAAAUAGAAUUCCAAAAGCAAAAUCCUCCUAGCGUCGCAGUCACGUGACGUCCCUUUCAUGUCCGUUAAACUCCAUCCUAAAGAGGGCUGCGGCUCGUUUUUUCCUCUCUUCGGAACAAUGAGUGCGGAGUCCAAAUAGCCUCCUCCCGCCACGCAGAAGUGGUGCGCCGAGACAAUCACUUUCGAAGCUAUCGCUGCUGGCACCGGCACCAAAGACGUCAAACAGGGUGUUGAACGAACCUCCAUGAGCAGAGAGGAAGAGAAAGGACCGACGAGCUGCUUGCGUUCUCAAGCUUCCCGUUUUGUGAGCCAGAUACAGUUUCCAUGGAGGCAGGUUCAUCACUCAGCCUCAAACGACACUAUGAAGAGGUGGACAAUAGCUCUCCCUUUUCUACACCUAAAGACUCCGAUGAUGACAUCUCCAGCAGCGACAGUGCCGACAGCUGCGACAGCCUCAACCCCCCCACCAGGAUGGAAUUCACCCCCACGUCCAUCCUCAGACAGCACAAGCUGUCGCCAGGAGGUAAGCGAGUGCGUUUUGAUGCGGUGACAGUUUAUUACUUCCCCCGGAGGCAGGGCUUCACCAGCGUCCCCAGCCAGGGGGGCAGCUCGCUGGGGAUGGCGCACAACCACUCAUCCAUCCGUCGUUACACGCUGGGGGAGUUUGCUCGGGAGCAGGAAAGCAGUCACCGGCACACCUUACGCCAACACCUGCGCCAGGAGAAGCUCAAUGCUCGCAAGCUGAAGCUUACCAGAAAUGGCACAGUGGAAUGCGCCCAAGCCGAACUGUUGACUUUGGACGACGUGUCCGAUGAGGACCUCGACGUGGAUGCGGUGGAGGUAGACGACUGCUUCUUCCUCCAGCCACUGCCCACCAAGCGACGCAGAGCUCUCCUGAGAGCCUCCGGCAUCGCUCGCAUCGACGCCCGGGAGAAAACAGAGCUGCGUGCCAUCCGCCUGUCCAGGGAGGAAUGUGGCUGCGACUGUCGUUUGUACUGCGACCCUCGACACUGUGGCUGCAGCCAGGCCGGCAUCAAGUGCCAGGUGGACAGAAUGUCCUUCCCGUGCGGAUGCUCCCGAGACGGUUGCGGCAACUUAGCGGGCCGCGUCGAGUUCAACCCACUGCGUGUCCGAACACACUACCUGCAUACCAUCAUGAAGCUGGACCUGGAGAAGAGGAAGGUCCUGCUGCAAGUGCCCGGGGAGACUUAUGCUGAGUCGGACCGAGUGUCCUCCCCAUUCUCCACUUGCCCGUCAUCCCUGGGCCCGGAAGAGAGCGAGGUGCGGGCAUGUGUCUUGGAGGCGGAAGAGGACAUCCUGGAGCGAGAGAAUGAGACCGCCGUGUUGCACCUGCAGAGCGCCGAGGAGCAAGAGAGGCUGGAGAGGGAGGUGCGGGCACAGGACCCACAGGUGGAAGAGGUUCUUCUGCAAGGGCCUUUCCCAACUGGGACUGCAGUGCUCUGCAUCAACCAAGAGGAGGACGAAAGUCCUGCUGAUCUCCUCAGAGAUUCUGCCUCUCUCCACUACUACCAACUCAGCUCCAUAGAGCCGGCUACCCUAGAGUCGACAGAGGAGGAGGUUCAAGAGGUCAGAGGAGGCGAGUCUUUAGGCGUCCAGCUCCCAAGUGACCAAUCAAAGCUGAACCAUCAUGAAGUGUGUCCAGAAGAAAGUGUGGAAACUAAGAUAGUCAAGGACCCACUUCCUCUUGGCGUUUAGUCUGCGCUUCUUUGCAGAUUUUUUUGCACAAAUGGCAUCAAAGAAGUAAUAACACAUUUUGUGUCAAACUCGGUUGCAAUCGUGGAGGCUGGAGCACAUGGAGAUCAGGAGUAACAUGUUAUGGUAUAUGCAGUCACAUGACUUACAUUGUGAAUUGUGUUGGGGACAGUGAACACAGCCUUAUGCAAAAAAAAAAAAAAUGCAGGAGAAAGUCCCGUUUGCUAUGCUUGGAGACAUCCAAGAGAAAAAAUGAGCGGCAGCAGAACUUUGUAUCACAGCAGACGUGUCUGUGCUGUAGUCAAGCCAAAUGACGGCGUAAACUGACCUAAUAAUCCUGGAAAUACUUGUUUUCUUGUGUACUGUACAAGCGUUUGUGUGAUUGUGAGGCCGAGGCACUUGUCUUUCACAAAUGCGAUCUUUGUGUAGUAGUUGCAAACCCUGUGAUAUUAUUGCAUCUGGUGUGUGAUGGCUCACUUGUGGAUGAGGUGCUGUUGCAGAAGGUCCACUUGAUUUCACAUAGUGCUGGAACGCGAGUUGCGCUGAUUCUGGCAUUACAUUCACCAUGCUGCUGAAAUUCCGUGUGAUCUUUAAAUGUUUUCAUUCGGGUCACAAACUGCUAGCCAUCUUUAUCACUUCUAGAUAGACAGAGAGUGUCUCCUAAUUAAAGUUUGGUCUGGUGUGCGAGCUUUGGGUUGCUUAAGAGGGCGGUGCUAGGCCGGUUAUCACACUGGACCUGUUGUCCUCAAACCAGCUCUUGAGAACAAUAGCUGUUCUAAUCUAGAGUUGAACAGAAGAAGGCCUGUUCAGGUGUGUAGUUGUGGGCCUGCUCUAGAGUGUCAUGUCUGGCACUCUUCCACUAGUUUAACCUGGGAUGAUUCUAUGAAUCUUGGUAGUAGAGGAAACCUGGACCUGCCUUUGAGUACAAUGCUAGGCCUGUACUAGAUUUUAACAUCACAACCAGUAAAUUGUAACCUUAGCCCUGCUCUAAAAUGUAAGGCUGACCUGUUCUGGAGUGUCACCUCUGGCCUGUUGUAGACUGCCUUGGGGCUCUUCUUGACUUUAAACAUAGACUUGCUGCAGUGUGGCCCGUACUGCACUAUAAUACCAAACAUGUUCCAGAGUAUAACAAUCAACAUUUUCUACAGGGUAAGAUGAGGCCUGUUAAAGCUUAACCUCAGGCCAGAUCCAGAAACUUCAACACUGGACGUGUUGUGAGUUUGUCUCAAGAUUGCCCCAGACUUUGACCAUCUCUUGGGUCUGACCUGUUCCAGAUUGUGACCUUGGUGUGUUCGGCUGUGUUAACUCUAAACCAGCUCUUGAGAGCAACUCCAGGCCUGUGGUAGCACUGAACAACACGCCUACAGACCAGGCUAUUAGAUUUUGGCCUGCUCAUGAGUGAAUGUCCUGAACUGGAAUAUCACUCCGAGCCUGUUCACGUGGUUUGCCUUGGCUCUGUUUCAGAGUUCAACCUCUGGCCUGUUCUCGAGUUUAGCCUUGGGCAAAUUCUGGAGUGUAACUCUGGGCCAGAGCUAGAAUCAAACACAAAGUCAGGGCUACUGUGUGACAAACUGUUUCAAGAGUGUGACUUUUGAAUUUUCUAAAAGGAAACCUGAGCUGGCUCUAGGAUGUUACCUGGACCCUCUGAUGCUCUGGAACGCUACCUCUGACCUGUCCAUCAGUUUACUAUGUACCACUACAUAUGUUCUAGAAUCUUUGGGCAGGCUCUUGCAGCCAACGCAAAGCCUAUACUAGAAUCCAACAAUAGACCAGUUCUAGAGUGCAGCUUUGGGGCGGCUCUAGAGUGCAACGCCAGACGUGUUCAGGCCUCCCCAAGAGAGUAUAAUGCCCAAUAUGUUCUGAAAUGUUACCCCUGGACCAUUCUACGGUGUAGCCUUGGAUCUGCUCAAGAGGGGUACCUCUGAUCUCUUCCAUUUUCACAAGUCUGAUAACCCACAGCCGCUUUUGGUCUAAAGUGUAACACCAGGCCUGUUGUACAGCGUGCAGUCAGUCCUCCAAAAUUCUGAGAGCCUCAGUUCCCCACGCAGGAAACAUAAGUAUAUCUAUCUAUACUAACUAAUGCCAGGAGAAAGAUUUUUGCACCGUCUCCUCUGAAUAAGAGAUGUCACGUGAAGAAAAGAGCAUUUAAAGAAAAAAAUGUGACAUUGUGUGAUGAAGCUUGAUAACUGUGUGUAUGUGUAUGUGCUCAUACAUGUGCCGUAUUUAUGGGGGCGCGGGAAGAAUACUAACGAGGAAAUAUUGCUUUGGAAAGGUGCUCAUGUUAUAGACUUGACUGCUUUUUCUCCUGAGAUUCCAUAACUCUUUAUGCAGGUCAAGGAAGCAGACUGCCGCUUUACUGCAACGCGCUCUUGUUCGCAUUAUGAACUUUUUAACUUUUAUGCUAUUUAAAUGUUUUUUUUUUGGGGGGGGGCAGGGAGGACAAAUACUAAACCAUCUUUUAUUUUGGAUGUGCUGGCAUGUAUGAGUUAUUGGUGUGAUUAUUUGCCUUUACUUUUUUAUUUUUUUUUAAAUGUUUUAAUCCAAGUCUGCUCCACCAAAGCAGUGGUCUUCUGGUCACCCUCCUGCGAGGAUGACUCCCGUCUUUGUGGCCUCCCCUUCAUCAUGCUUGGCUGUUUGCGAUCACUUUUAGCCCGGGACCACUGCACGUGUGUGUGUGUGUGUGUGUGUGUGUGUGUGUG